AUGGCAUCUCCCACGCUUCCUGUCGAAGCUCUCGAUCGCAUGCGCAUCCAACUAGGCCUGCUCUCCCAAUCAAUUAAUUCUCUGCUGCAGGAACUACGCACUUCAGACCCGCUUCCACCCUGGACGACCCUCACCGCCCAGCUAGCAAUUCUAAACUCCCAGCUCUCAACAAUCUCCAGAUCCUUACACCAACACUCCGCAUCUCUCUCCACAACUGUCGUCUUUCCUCUGCCGACUUUCCCUGGACGAACACAAGAUGGUCAGCUUCACCGCCUCCUUGGCAAGAAGCUCUCUCCAGAAGUCCAAGAUUGGAUCCAAAUAGGCCGCAAAGCUGGUUUAGCUCUAACCUCCAAACCAAAAAAUGACGACGAUGACUCGGACGAUGAUUCAGAACCUGAAGCGGAAGAUGAACAAGAGGCGGACGACGACGACGACGACGAAAUGGAUGAAGAUGAUGGUGACGACCCGGAUUCUAAAAGGCGCAAGCGUCACUGGGCCCUCAAAAUCGUCCAGAAGGACCAGCGGUCCCGCGACUGGGACUCUGACUUCACGAAAGAAGAGAUAGAAGCUGUAGGCGGAGAUCUCACAAGGAUACAAACCGGAUUGAAGACUCACCUGGAUGGAACAAUCAUCAAACGAUCUAUGGAUUCGUCCGCGUUAUCCACAUCUGCUCUCAACAAACGUGACGAGAACGGAUGGACAUUAGAAAUGAUGUUCCGGUUCAUGAGCACGGGAAUGCGGCCUGUGGAGGAUCAUCCUGGCGUAAAUGAUUGGAUGAACCCAAACGUUUCUACUACGAUGAAUACCAGCGCUAAAAAAACUACCAUUCCUGCAUCGGCCACUGGUGCUAGAAGAAAUACUGGUCCUAACAUGACAACUAGUGGUGGGACGAAUAUUGUUACCGGAAUGACCACUAAUACUGGGGCGAGCGUUAUUUCUGAAGUGACCACCAGCGCUGAGACGAAAAUGGUCACUGUUACAGACGUUGAUGCUAAACCGGGCAUCGAUACUGACACCAACAUCUCCCCUCAAAUGAACAUGGUUCCUGAAUCAAUACUUAUUACUGGAAAAGUUACUCCAGCUCAAACGCCCACCCUUGCUCAAACACCUACUCCUGCUAGAAAUUUUAUAACUUCUAUAACACUUGCUCCUCAACCCAGCUUUGAUGUCACAAAACCACCGCCUACCGAGCAAGCCAACCAAGCUCCUCCCACCACAAAAGAAGGGCAGUAUCCAGACGCAACGGCAAUAGAAGAUCCAAACCUCUCUUCCUCCAGUCUUCCAGGCUUGGGCUCCAACCAAAACAUUACAAGGGCGCCACCUCCCGAAAAAUUUUGCCAAACCCCUCUCACCUUAGAAGAAGAAGGGAAAGAUCUCAAAGCAACACCCUCAGAAAGCCGACAAUUUGAAACAGAGAUAUCAAAUGAUUCUGAUGAUGGAUCAUCCGUCUCAGAUUUACGAGCUAGUAUGGCUACCCCAAAACCCUCAUCACCAGCAUCACCAGCAUCACCAGCAUCACCAGCAUUUAACUUCCCGCUCGUCAAAUUCACCGUCAAAUCGAAAAAAAUAGCAACCCCAGAUAUUUCAAGUCCAAACGUCUCGACCCCCAAAACUUCAGCUUCAAAUCUUUCAAGCUUUGAAAUCAUAACCCCAGAUGUUUCUUCAACUCGUGAUUCAAUAUCAAAUAUCAGUCUCCUUUCAGAUCAAUCCAAUGCUUCCAACAUCACUGCAAGGCUGACAAGAUCUAAAGCAAAAGCUUUGGCAGCCGCACAAGCAGCAGUCCAAGCUUCCGUCCAAGGAACCGGCGAAGAUGUCUCCAUAGUCGAUCAACUUGACUGUCUACUCACUAGUUUCCCGGUUCGGUCAGCGACUUCGAAUACCAUUUCCAAUGAUACGACCACCACACCGCCUGCUACUAUUCCUUCGACUCUAACCAAAACAAAGACCACUAGGUCUCCAAAACAUCCUAAAUCAUCCAAACCUCCAAGAGCUCCGAGAGUUUCAAAGAAGCCAAAAACUACAAAAAAACUGGGGGGAACCAAACCCCCAAAUAAACCAAACCAGUUGGAACCUUUGACCUCUCCCAGCGAAGUUUCUCUCCCCGCUGACCUCGACGAUCUAUUCAAAAACAUGGACGAUAUGGAAGGCCUUUUUGGUGGAGUUUAA